AUGUCUCGACUUUGCGCUCAGAAAACACUAUCGUCUAGAAUCAGUCCAGCUAUUGGGCGAGUGCUGCCACGCAGCCCGAUAGCAUCAUGGACGACACCGCGGUCAAGGUUCUCCACCUCCGCUCGACGGCCGUUGAUGGAAUUGACGGGGUUUACCGAGGAGCAAUUAACCAUUCGGGAAGCGAUCUCAGCCAUUUGUUCCAAGUUUCCUAACACAUACUGGCAAGAAUGUGACCAAGACGAACGCGAUCCAAAGGAGUUCCACGCCGCGUUGGCUAAGGACGGAUGGCUAGGGAUUGCGCUACCCGAAGAGCUCGGGGGAGCUGGGCUUGGUAUCUCUGAAGCAACAAUGAUGAUGCAGACCAUCACGCAGUCCGGUGCUGGAAUGGCCGGAGCUCAAUCUAUUCAUGCAAAUGUGUAUGCCACACAACCUCUGGCAAAGUUCGGUACCAAACAACAACUGGAAGAGACUAUCCCUAAAAUCAUCAAUGGCACCUGGCGGACAUGCUUUGGUGUGACAGAGCCGAACACCGGUCUGGAGACGUUAAAGCUGAAGACCCUUGCCACAAAGAACCCGACGAAGCAAACAUACUCAAUCUCAGGCCAGAAGAUCUGGAUUACUUGUGCCCAGGUUGCCUCCAAAAUGAUCCUCCUAGCGCGAACAACGCCUCUAGAAGAAGUACAGAAGUCGAGCCAAGGUCUAUCAUUAUUUUGUAUCGACCUGGACCGGAGCCAGCCCGGACUGGACAUGCGCAAAAUCAAGAAGAUGGGAGGCCGCGCGGUCGACGCCAACGAAGUAUUUUUCGACAACUACGAGAUCCCUGAAAAUACCCUGAUCGGCCAAGAGAACGAGGGAUUCAAGAUCAUCCUUCACGGGAUGAAUGCGGAGCGAUGUCUUCUAGCCGGUGAAGCGUUGGGUCUAGGAUACGCUGCCUUGGAACGCGCUGCUCAGUACGCAAGCGACCGGGUAGUUUUCGGGAGGCCGAUCGGGCAGAACCAGGGGAUUGCGCAUCCAUUAGCGGACGCUUAUAUGCAAUUAGAAGCGGCUAAGCUGGCAACAUACCACGCGGCGCGUUUGUACGAUACCUCUAAAACGGACGAUUCGAUUCCGUUCCACUCUGUGGGAGUGGCGUGUAAUAGCGCCAAAUAUCUUGCCGCAGAAGCAGCAUUCAAGGCAUGCGAACGGGCAGUUCUCAGCCAUGGAGGAAUGGGCUAUGCGGUGGAGUAUGAUGUGGAGAGGUAUCUGCGAGAGUGUUUUGUGCCCCGAAUUGCACCGGUCAGCCGAGAGAUGAUCUUGAAUUACGUGAGCGAGAAAGUGCUUCAACUACCGCGCAGUUACUAG